AUGCCAAGAUCAAAUCCAAUACCUCCAAUGUGUGGCUGCGGAUUGAGCACCAUUGUGAAAACGUCAUGGACUCUACAGAAUCCAGGUCGAAGAUAUGCGGAAUGCCUGCUUGCUCAAGGAUGCAAGUAUUGGAAAUGGAUAGAUGAAGAAAUGUGUCUGUGUUUAGUGGAGAUUAUACCUGAGUUGCUUCGGCGAAUCAAUCAAAUGGAGAAACAGCUCAAAAAUGCUAAAGAGUUUGCACAAAAGUGGGAGUGCAAAGCAGCAAAAUUGCAGACAAAGGUUCAAAGGUUGGAAAUUAUGGUGCAACGACAUGCAUCAAGGGAAAGAAAGUUUGUUGUAGCUCUUGCAAUCACCUACAGCUUUGUGUUAGCAGGAUUUGCAGCCUGGGUGGUUGGAAAUUUAGGGAAUAGUGAUCUAUUGCAAUUAUCCUAG